CUGGACCGACCUGGGAUCCCUGACUCCUAGUCAGCCCCGGAGGAAGCGGAGGACACCGUUCCCCAGGAGCGGGUUGGCCAAUCGCAAGCCAGAAGAUGAAGGUUCUGUGGGUCGCCUUGGCGAUCACGCUCCUGGCAGGAUGCCAGGCAGAAGAAGUGAAGCCAGAGCCGGAGCCCGAGGUGCAGCUGGGGCAGGAGUGGCCCCGGUGGCAGGGCAGCCAGCCCUGGGAGCAGGCGCUGGGCCGCUUCUGGGAUUACCUGCGCUGGGUGCAGACAUUGUCUGACCAGGUGCAGGAGGAACUGCUCAGCACCCAGGUCAUUCAGGAACUGACCGUGCUGAUGGAUGAGACCAUGAAGGAGGUGAAGGCCUAUAGGGAGGAGCUGGAGGAGCAGCUGGGCCCCGUGGCCCAGGAGACGCAGGCGCGUGUGUCCAAGGAGCUGCAGGCAGCGCAGGCCCGGCUGGCCUCUGACAUGGAGGACGUGCGCGGCCGCCUGGCGCAGUACCGCAGCGAGGUGCGGGCCAUGAUGGGCCACACCACCAACGAGCUGCGUGACCGCCUGGCCUCCCACCUGCGCAAGCUGCGCAAACGGCUGCUCCGCGACGCCGAGGACCUGCAGAAGCGCCUGGCCGUGUACCGCGCCGGGGCGCUCGAGGGCUCAGAGCGCAGCGUGAGCUCCAUCCGCGAGCGCCUCGGGCCCCUGGUGGAGCAGGGCCGGGCGCGGGCCGCCACCGUGGGAACCCUGGCCAGCCAGACGCUGAGGGAGCGCGCCGAGGCCUGGCACCAGAAACUGCGCGGGCGGGUGGAGGAGAUGGGCACCCAGGCCCGGGACCACCUAGAGGAGAUGCGCGAGCAGCUGGACGUGGUGCGGGCCAAGGUGGAGGAGCAGGGCAGCCAGAUGCGCCUGCAGGCGGAGGCCUUCCAGGCCCGCCUCAAGAGCUGGUUCGAGCCCCUGGUGGAAGACAUGCAGCGCCAGUGGGCUGAGCUGGUGGAGAAGGUGCAGUUGGCCGUGGCCACCGGCUCCACCUCUGCGCCCAGCGAGAAUCACUGAGUUGCCCGCGCAUCCCCCUGGGAGGCCCCACUCCUGCGCCGGCCCCACGUCCUCCCCAGCCUACGGGAGGCCCUGUCCCCGCCCCAGCUGUCCUCCCGGUGGGCGCUAGCUUAAUAAAGGUUCAUCAAGCUUC